CCAUCUUUUCCUCGCUCCAAAUCGCUUGGUGCGCGCCAAAUGGAAGCUCUAAAGUCUCCAGCUUCCCCCAAAUCGCCACCACCCCAAACCCUAGAACAGCCGCCGGCGCCGCAUCAAGGAGAUGGGCCAGCAGUCCAAAAGGACGCGUGCGCCGGAGCCUCAGGUCGUCCCGCCAUCGCUGCUCAAUUCGUUCCGCCGUUGAUGCCGCAUCUCGUCCCGCCGUCGGCGCCACACCUCGUCCCGCCGCCGUCGGCGCCACACCUCGUCCCGCCACCACGCCAGCUCGGACCAGGUGCCUCGAUCCCCCCACGGCCACCAAAGGCAGCGGCGGCCUCUGCACCAUGCUGGCUGCCCCAGACGCAAGGCCCUUUGUGGUACACGAAUGUUGAUGAUCUGAAUCCAGAAGCAUGGGGAGUGGAUUCUCACCCACCUGGUGGGUUCCUUGGUUUUUUUAAGAACAUGCCAAGCCUUUCCCAAGCUGUGAGCAAUGGGACUUCAUCGCAACAAAUCAAGAAAGGAGAUGCCACCAAUGGUGGCGAGUGUGCAGGACUAUGCCUUACAUACAUUUUAUGGAGGAUCAACAUUAUAUCUUACAUACAUUUUAUUCCAGGACUAUGCCGUGUCGUGGUGACUGCUGCAUGUGCAACCUACUGUUGUUGGAUUACAGAAGUUGUAGCCUUGUAG